AUGAAAGAUGCAAAGGAGAUCUUGCUGGCAGCAUCAGACUUUUUCCGGGACCUGUUCGGGAAGGCCAAAGAGACAUCCGAGGAGAAGUGGUUAACAGACGAGAGCAGGCGGUUGGAUGAGAAAGACAGGGAAGUGCUGCAAGCGAAAUGGACAGAAAAAGAAGUUAAAAAGGCGUUAGCAGAGUUGCCCAAGGGGAAGGCGCCAGAUCAAGACGGUUUGCCGAGGGAGUUCUUCGAGAGUAAUUGGGACAUCCUCGGGCCAGGACUGAUGCGGUUCAUCCACUCCUUUGAACAGUCGGCGAAGCUCCCGGAAAGCCUCACGACGGCGGUGACGAUCCUGCUACACAAAAAGGGGGAGAAGGAGAAACUGGAAAAUUACAGGCCGAUAACGCUACUUAACACGGUCUACAAGAUUGUGGCGAAGGUGCUGGCAAACAGGAUGAAGAAAGUACUCAGAGGACCAACACAGGAGAUUAAGAAAAGGAAGCUCGGGGUCAGGAAGCAAGGAAAGGGGGAGCUGGCGUACCUGGGGUAUGCAGAUGACACCACCCUGGUGUUGAAUGGAUUGGCACAAGUGGAAAAGGCCGGGGAGGUGCUGAAGGAUUUUGGAGAAGUGUCGGGCCUGCGCAUCAAUCAAGAGAAAACCGUGUUAAUGCCGCUGGGGAGAAACCGUAGGCGCAAGUUUCGGAAGCAGACACCUUUUAAGACAGCAGAGCCUGCACAACCGGAGAGGCUUCUGGGGGUCUGGAUCACACCGAAUGGAGAGGCGAGGCCGUCGUGGGAUAAAGCCUUCGAGAGAGUCAGCAGCUCGCUUAGUCGCUGGGCGGUGCAACACCUUACAACGACAGCUAGGGUCGCGGUGAUCAACUCGUAUGUGAUGACGGUGCUGCUGUUCUAG